AAUCGAAACUUAGAGCGUGGCAGGAGAAGAACGGGGAUCCCAGCUGAUUGUAAACAGACAUCACACAGAACUUGGAGCGGAGAGAAGAGGACUGAACUAAGUUUCCGAACAGAAGACAUCAUGAAAACCGUCAGAAAACGACACCGGUUCUUCAUAAAGCUAUUGCUGUGUUUCCUGGUUGGCAGUUUAGUUGACUCCUCUUCGCUGUCCUCUGCCAGCCAUUUCCAGUCUGUCAUCUCCACGGUGGGAGACAAGGUGGUUCUUCCCUGCAGCUGGAAGCCACGUCUGGGGGAGGUGGCCCCGUCCGCCUGCCACAUCCAGUGGAGGACCCCGGUCGAGGCCGUGUUCGAGCUGUGGGGAGAGCAGAUGUGGCAGGCGGAGGUGUUUGAGGGCCGGGUGGAGGUUCCUAAGGAGAAGCUCGGGUCCGGGGAUUGUUCCCUGAUCAUCAGCGACGUCCAGAUCGCCGACACGGGGAGAUACGAGAGCUUCAUGGUGGUGGAUGGAGGGAGGUCCGCAAAAACCAGGGUCUUCAUUCAGAGCGUCAAGCUGUCCGUGUUUGACCACAAAUCCUUUCAGUCUCACAGUCCAGGUCAGGACUUGGUUCUGGAUCUCCACACACGUCACUCUGUGAGAGUGGUCUUCCAGGGCAGGAACAGUUCGGAGUGGUUGGACGUGUGGAUGAAGGGGGAUGCAAACAGUGAGCGUCUGGAGAAACAUCCGCUGAGAGAGCAGCUGACGAUUAAGAAACUGAAGAGCUCAGAUGAAGGAACGUACAAAGUUCUGGAUGAAAAUGGCCUCGCUGUCAGCACCGUGCAGCUCUCUGUGGAAGAAAACUCCACUGCUCUGAAAGUCCACCAGAUUCAGGAGUAUCCAGAAACAACAGAUGACGCCGCUGCCAAAAGUAGCUGCUCAGCUCUCCUCAUCUUGUCUGUUCUUGUCACGAGUUUCCACAUUCUUCAUCACUGAGAAAUUUGCAAACCGCACACAGAUCUCUGUACACUUUAACAAACAAUAUAAAUGUUUCUGUCAGAUAUUAUUAUCGUGCUUCUGAACUUUAACCCAUAUUAUAUUUCAAUUGCACCAUAUAAGCCGUGAGAGGAAUUAUGUCAACUGUAAAUUAAGUGUGUGAGAUGUGAUUUGACUGAAGAAAAGUUUUUGUUUGUUUGAACGGCAUUUUCAGACAAAAUGUGUUUAAAUAGUUCAACAUUUCUUUGAAAUCUUCUUUUUUUUUGCAGAGUUAGAUGAGAAGAUUAAGACCAUGUAAGGAAAGCCGACGAGGUCAUUAUUCGUCUCCUUUUCCCUGCCGUUCGAUGUUUUAUGCGUAUGUUGAUUUAGUUCUCCAGCUGUUGUUUAUAAACGCCGUGAGCCUGCAAGCUAUCUGAACGCCAUCCUGUAUGACAACACCAACGCCAGCGUGCACGUGUUUACGCCGGUGAAAUGUAAGGAAAUAAAUAACAUUGUUGCUUUUGGAAUUACUAAACAGGACAAAAAAGGUUGAAUACCUUGCAAACAAUUUGAUUCUGCAAGCAAAAUAUUAUUUACACAAAUGUAGAGCUCCUGUUUUUAGAAGAAUUAAAUAUAAAGAAUAUAAACUAAUUGAAAAAAGACACAUGAGAGUUCAUUAAAACUACUUGGGACUCCGAAGAUUUAUAUUUUAAGUAAUCUCUUCUCUCACACUUUUAGAAGCAACAUGUAAUUUUCAUAUACUUUACUAUUUGUGGUCAUGUUCUCAGUUGUAUUUUAAUGAACUAAUAUGUUCUACGGAAGCCUGUUUUUGAUUUUAAAAAACAACAACUUUUGUUUCCUUACAUUUUGCCAGUGUGAACAGACGCACGCUGGGGUUGUUGUCAUCGUACAGGAUGGCGUUCAGAUCCACAGGUGUGCGUGUGCGUAGGGCAGCAUUCACAAACGUUGAGCGCCGCCUGCGACAGCGUUAAUAAACACCAAUUAAAAUAUAUAUAUAUAUAUAUAUAUAUACGAUAUAAAACAUGAGGGCAGGGAAAAGGAGACGAAUAACGACCUCAUUGGUGUUCCAUACACUUGGAUAUGUGUCCAUUUGCGUAGUUUAGUAUGACAGCUGAAAGCAGAGGGGCUAUCUUGGCUCUAUGUUUAGAAAUCCAUCAUUUACAUGCUGUAUGUAUAUGCUUAUUUGUCAAUACAAGUGUAUAUAAAAACAACAAAUGUUUUUAUAUAUACAUCAUAUGUACAGGAGUAUUUCCUGACUGGGAUCCUCACAGGUUAACAGAAGCAAAUUUCUCAGUUUAAAGAGGUUAAAACUUAAAAAUGUGAACCAAAUUUGAUUUGGUGAAUCUGCCACUGAAAAUCUGUAUGUUUGUCAUUAUUUAAACUAUCCAGAUGAUAUUUUUGUAUCUAAUUAAAUACUAUUGUAAUUAGAUUGAUUUCCUGCUUUCAGACAGCCACAGGUGGAUUUCAAUGCAAAUCUAUCAACAGUAAUGUAAAAUGUUUGUAGUUAAUAUACUUUUUGGUGUGAUCGGUCAUAUUGAUGGUAUUUAUACAUUUUUGGUAUUCAAAUAUAUUCUUUUGUCUUUUUGAACAAAUUGAUUCAAUUAUGAUUUCUUGAUUUCCACUUAACUCGAACUAAAAUCUUAAAUAGAUGAAAAUAAAACAAGCAAACACAA